UGGUGCAGCUCUUGUGCCAGGAGGUGAGCGGACUCCAGGACUGAGAGGAGGAGGCGGGGACGCGCGCGCACUGGCUUUAUGAGAUGCGGUCAGAGCGCGCACGGGCCGCGAGGGAGAGUCCGAGGGAAUCAGAGAGACACACGGUGCUCCAUGUCGUCCGGCCACUGACUCACUCUCCCCCCUCAGUGUUCCUUCACGGCCGGCGGUGGGAGGAGGAGCGGAGCGCAGGAGACCGUGCGCCACAGCCACGCCGCGUAGAGGAGAGGGACCAUGGGCUCCGCGUCGUCCUCUUACCGGGUCAUCUACCUGGACGUGGAGGGCAGGACUCAGAAGGUGGUCUUCAGUAGAUUCUGCAGCCCAUGUGACAUCAAGGAUCUGUUCUGUACAGCCCUAGGUGUGCCAAGGAACACUAAUCUGUCUCUGCUGGAUUCCUCCGGAGCCAUGGUAUCCAUUGACCCCACCAUGCCACACAACACAGAGAGGUCACCAUACCGAGUGUUGCCUAUGACUGGAGGACAGCUUGCUGAUAAGGAGGAACUCUUUCAGAAUGUUCUGACGCAAGUAGCAGAACAGUUUUCAAGGGCGUUCAAAAUCAAUGAGCUGAAGUCUGAGGUCACCAACCGUCUCGCCAUGUUAGAGAAGAGAGUAGAGCUGGAGGGCAUGAAGGUGGUGGAGAUUGAGAAAUGUCGCACCGACAUCAAGAAGCUCCGUGUAGAGAUGGCAUCAAGAAACAACAGUAAUUUCCUGGAAGACACUAAGAAGCUGACCCCUCGUAGAGACGUGCCCUCUUACCCCAAGUACCACCUGUCUAAGGAGACAGUAGAAGCUCUUAGAUUGCCUACAUUUGAUGCUUGGCAGUGGGAACCUAAUGAGAUGCUGAGCUGUCUGGAACAUAUGUACCAUGACCUUGGCUUGGUUACUGACUUUAACAUCAACCCCAUCACACUGAAGAGAUGGCUGCUGUCUAUUCAUGACAACUACAAGAAUAACCCCUUUCACAACUUCCGCCACUGUUUCUGUGUCACCCAGAUGAUGUACAGCAUGAUCUGCCUCUGCAGCCUACAGGAGAAGUUCACUCAGGUGGACAUUCUGAUUCUCAUGACAGCUGCUGUGUGUCAUGACCUCGAUCACCCCGGAUUUAACAAUACGUACCAGAUCAAUGCCAGAACAGAGCUGGCAGUUCGCUACAAUGACAUCUCCCCACUUGAGAAUCACCACUGUGCUGUAGCUUUCCAGAUCUUCUCUCAACCCGACUGCAACAUCUUCUCCAGCUUCGACCCAGAGGCCUUCAAACAGUUACGACAGGGAACCAUCACACUGAUCCUGGCCACAGACAUGGCGCGACACGGUGAGAUCCUCGACUCCUUCAAGCAGAAAGUGGACAGCUUUGAUUUCACAGAUGAGGAGCACGCCACCUGUCUCAAGAUGGUUCUGAUCAAGUGCUGCGACAUCUCCAAUGAGGUGCGGCCCAUGGAGGUGGCUGAGCCCUGGGUGGACUGCCUGCUGGAGGAGUACUUCAUGCAGAGCGACAGGGAGAAGACUGAGGGGCUUCCUGUGGCUCCGUUCAUGGACAGAGAGAGGGUCACCAAGCCAACAGCUCAGAUUGGCUUCAUCAAGUUUGUCCUCAUCCCCAUGUUUGAGUCUGUGAUGAAGCUGUUCCCACAGAUUGAAGAGGCAAUGGUGCAGCCACUCAGAGAGUCAAGGGACCGAUAUGAAGAACUCAAACAGAUUGAUGAUGCCAUGAAUGAGGUGCAGAAAAAGAAAAGUGAGAGCUUGACCAUGGGAGGGAAGAAGAAGUAAACAGUUUUAAAAGAACCAGUGAGACCAGAAUAUGGGCGUAAAGUGGAGUCGUCAGACACGUUGGUUGGUUAUAGGCCAUCACUCUGUCCUGUCUUGCUUGUGCAUUCUGAAGAGCAGAGGACUAGAAUGUGUGAUCUGGGAAAAUCAGGUAGAUUUCAGUGGGUCACAGAAAACUGGACGAGUGGAUCUGUGAGAGACUCGAGGACCCGAUGGACAAUCCAAAGCCUUUUUCAGGGAAUGUCGAAUUUGUACAGCACAGACUGCGUCAGUGAACACUAUUUAGAAACAUAUCUUGCAUUGUUUUUAUUUGAAAUGUGUUGUUUUUUACAGAUUGUACAGAUUUCUAGUGCCAUUUGUUCUUUCCUACAAAAUAAACGGGUUACAAUAUCAAA